AUGUCAAAAUCGGACAACAAAUUCAACUCGAGUGUAAAUAAAAAAUUAGAAAACAUAUUUUGUCUACAGUUUUCAGCAAGAUCGCGAUAGUUUAUAAUUAGAAGUAGCAUAACUGUAGUUCUGCAGUGCACGUUGUCGAGUUGUGGGACGUGAAGAUAUUCACUUUAAUCGAUAUAAAAUAAUUACAUACGUGUCGGCUGGUCAGUGGUGUAAUUGAACACUAUAUACCUAUCAUGGAUUCUGCUUACAAUAAUCCAUUAAGACAAAGAAUAAAUAAGAUCUUCGACAGUCAUGUACUUUCAGACAACACAGAUGCAUUACAUUCUGUAUCUGGAUUUUGUUCCACUAAUUCUGCGUAUACACGGCGAGUAAUUGUUAAUGAAAUCGAAAAAAAAGAUAUGCUAGUAAAUAAGGCGGUUUUAGUUGAAUAUAACAAGGUUAAAGAUAAACUCCAAGUGCUAUUAGAUUCCUUACUAUCACUAGAUGUUGCAGUCAAAGACAUGUCAAGCAGACUAUCAGACUCGAAAAAUAAAACUCACCAUCUAAUAACUCAAACUACCAAGCUAAAGGAUGAAAGAAAGAAAACAGAAAAGAAGCAAGCUUGGGUAACUGCAUUUGUACAGGGCUUUCAAUUAUCUCCAGAGCAGAAUGAGUACCUGUACAAUGUUUCAGUCAAAACACCAGUCACACAUGAGUUUUUUGGGACAUUAUCCCAGAUUGAGAAGUUGUAUGGCAACUGUAAAACUCUUAUCAAGUGUUGGCAUCAGACUUGUGCAUUUGAUAUCAUGGAGACGGUAGGACUCCAACAAGAAGUGGCUAUUGAGAAAUUGUAUCAUUGGACUAUUGGGGCCUGCCUGAGUACUGAUUCACCAAAUAAUGCGCUGGUACCUACUGCUUUAGCUAAAUUUCAAAAUAGGCAAGUACUAUUUUCUAAUAUAAUUGAUGAGUACAGUUCAGCACGCAAAGCAACUAUUGUGCAGCUGUUCAUUGAUGCAUUAACAAAAGGUACAGAUGGCUCUAAACCUAUUGAAUUUUAUGCUAAUGAUGCUAAAAGAUAUAUUGGAGAUAUACUAACUUGGGUCUACCAAGUGAUACCUGUGGAGAAAGAAAAUCUUGCAACUUUAUUUAAAUUUUGCAAUAUGCCUGAUAAAAAGCAACUUAUUAUUGAUGCUUUGACAAACAUUAUGGAAGCUAUCUGUCCUCUACUAAAAGUGAGAGCUGAACUCAUACUGAAACCUGAUAAGGAUCCCCUGGUGCUAUGGUCCAUAACUAAUCUGAUAAUAUACUACAAAGAUGUCAUACAAGCUGUGAUAUCAAAUGGUCAUCUAAUAAAUACAUUUGAGGAGUUGUUGAAAAAAAGUGAAGAAGUUUUCUUAAUAACUCUGGAUAGUAAAAUACAGAAGGAACUAAGUCAUGGAGUUAAAGCACCACCUAUAGAUUUAAAUCCUUCCAUUGUUGUAACAGACUUAGUCAGUUUCCUUCGUGAUUUGUUGGCUAUAAUGAAUGUGUCACACAAUAUAAAUACAGCUGAUAGAAAAAUGAUAAUAACACAUAUAUUAGAUCCACUAUUACAUGCUAUAAAUGAAACUGCAUGCCACUUGAGUUCAACAGACAUGUCAGUAUAUAUGCUGAAUUGUAUUUAUCAUAUACAGUGUACCUUAUCUCUGUACACAGUGAUGGAUGAAUAUAAUGAAAGGCUACAAGCUCAAUCUGAAGCCCAAACUGACACUUUAACUUCUGAACAAGCUAGCUACCUGGUAGCAAAUCUUAACUUGGGACCUAUUUACACCAUUCUUCAAGAAAAAACAAGUGGGCCUUUGUCAGCUAUACCUGGUAUGGACACGUCAACACUGAAGACAUUCCUAAACAAGUUUGAUAUGUUUUUGGUGACCCCAGAUGCCUAUAUGUUGCCUCAACUCAAUUUGUUGCUGAGUCAUACUCACAAAUCCUUAGUGAAAAAAAGAGCAUUUGAAGUUAUAUUUGCUAUUUAUGCACAACUUUACCAAGCUGUCCAUGAUCCAUCAAAUGGGUACUCUGAUCCACAAACUAUAGUUCGUAGAAAACCAGAGGAAGUAAAUAAACUACUUGUAUAAAUGAAUGAAUAAAUAUAUUAUUUAUCACGUAUAUAUAUGAUGAAAUAAAUGUUAUGAUUUAAUUAAA